AUGACGACCCCAGUCCCCAUAAUCGACUCCCACAUCCACCUCUUCCCCAAGAGCGAGCUCGACACCCUCGCCUGGGCCGAGCCCGGGGGCGCCCUCUACAAGCAGCACUCCAUCGCAGAGUACAGGCGCGCGACGGCGGCCCAGCACGACAUCCUGUCGGGUUUCGUCUUCCUCGAGACAGACCGCAAGAACGACGAGUCCGACCCGACCCCCGAGGGCGGCUGGAAACACGCGCUGGCCGAGGUGUCCUGGCUGGCGCGGAUCGCGGGCGGGCGGCCCCGCGAGGGCGAGGGCCACGAGGACAAGGACGCCUCGCUGUGCCUGGGGAUAGUCCCCUGGGUGCCCGUGCCGGCCGGGCCCGAGGCGCUGGAGAGGUAUAUCGACGCCGUGCGGGAGGUGUGUGACAGGGACGGCGGGGACGGGGUCUGGGACAAGAUCAAGGGGUUCCGGUACCUGUUGCAGGACAAGCCCAAUGGCACGAUGCUGGAGCCCAACUUCAUCGAGGGCCUGAAGCUGCUCGGGCGCAAGGGGUUCGUCUUCGACGUCGGCGUGGACCAGCACCGCCGCGGCAGGGCGCAGCUCGAGGAGACUGUCGCGAUGGUCGAGAAGGCACAUGACGGUGUGCCUGAUAAUGAGAAGGUCACAUUUGUACUGAACCACCUCUGCAAGCCCGACCUGACAACCCUCCACCCAGCCGACCCAGCCUUCAUAUCCUGGCGCACGGCAAUCUACACCCUCUCCAAGGCCGACAACGUCUACAUGAAGGUGUCGGGCGCCUUCUCCGAGAUGUCGGACGCCCUGCGGCGGCAGCCCGCCAACGACAUCUUCGAGUCCAUCAUGCCCUGGCUGGCCGUCGUGGUCGCCGCCUUCGGGCCGGACCGCCUCAUGUUCGGCAGCGACUGGCCCGUCAGCACCAUCGGCGUUGACGGUGGGGAGGGUGAGGAGAAAGAGGGCGCUGAAGCCAAGGAGGAGGAGGAGGAGGAGGGCGCGUGGGAGAAGUGGAGGAAGGUUGUUGACAGGCUCUGCUUCAUGAGUAGCUUCAGUGACGACGAGAAGGCGCAGGUGUUUGCGCGCACGGCGAGGCGGGCGUACAAGCUUGAUUGA